AUGAUAGAGGGUUUGGCAAGAAAUGUUGAAGAGAGCGAGAAUAAUGUGCGCUUGGCUCGCCGUCCACAUGUACCUUCGGUCGGCCGUCCUCAAGCGCUGACUUCUAUGAGGAAAUUGCAUAAGCGGUCCCACUUACGCAAAGCAGAGCAGGCUAAGCGAAAGCCUGUACUGGACAUUUCGGACUGUGCGCAAGACGAGAGGGACGCGUGUGCUGUUCGCCUUCGGAUGCAGCCAAGCAGUAGCAAUACGAACAAUCAAAGUUGUUGGAUUCAAUGUCUAACAUGCGAAGAUUGA